AUGGCUUCCCGCAAUAACCACGCCCUGAUCUUCGGCGCUUCCGGCGUCUCUGGCUGGGCCGUCGUGGACAAGUUGUUAAAGGAGUAUCCAAAGGCAGGAACUUGGAGCAAAGUCACCGCCUUGACGAACAGGCCUCUGGACAUCGAGACUUCGCUGUGGCCAAAAACAGAUAGACUCCAGAUUGUCUCCGGAAUCAAUAUACUGAAAGGGGAACAGAAAACGCUUGAGGAUACUAUCAAAAGCAAGAUUCCAGGCAUCGAGACGGUCACACAUGUUUUCUAUUAUGCCUACAAAGCGAAUCCCAACUUUGAGCAAGAGAAGAAAGAUGCAGUGGACAUGCUCGCUCGGUCGAUCACCGCUGUUGAUCGACUCUCUCCGAAGCUAGAAUUUGUCGCCUUCCAAACGGGUGCCAAGAUGUACGGAUUUCUUCUUCAAGAGGACCACUACUUUCCUGUCCCCCUCAAGGAGUCCCUCCCCCGACUCAAGCCACCCUAUAGUGACCAGCUCUUUUACCACGCUCAGCUCGACUGGUUGGGUGAUUACGCCAAAGGGAAAUCAUGGACGUGGUGCGAAACACGACCCGACAUCAUUAUUGGAUUCGCACCGAACCACUCGGCGUACUCGUUGGGAGCAUCCCUGGGCAUCUACUUUUCGCUCUGGAGAGAAAUCAAUGGAGCCGGCAGCGUUGUCCCAUUCCCUGGAACCGUCAAAAGCUGGAAAGCCAAGCACAACGAGGCUGGUAGCGACAUGAUCGCGAAGCAGACCAUUUUCCUUUCUCUACAUCCAGAAGUGAGCGGCAACGGAGAGGCGUUCAACGUGGCAUCGUCUCCCGAGCCCGAGACUUGGGAAGAAAAAUGGCCACAGCUGUGCGGAUAUUUCGGCCUGAAAUCCGCGCCUCCGAACAGUGACUCCAAGGAAGUUCGAGCAUACAUCAAUGACAACCUAACCCAGUGGAAAGCUUUGGAAGAGAAACACAAUCUUCGCAGGGAUAUUGCUCAGUCGGGCAUCACGAUGCCAGGAUUCGAAAUCCUCCACCUGACCCUGGCUGAUUUCGAUCGACAAUACGACCUCUCCAAAAUCCAGAAAGCGGGAUUUAACGAAAAGAGUUCCAUCAUGGAGACUUGGGGUGAGACAUUUGAUCGGAUGAGGAAGGCAAAAAUGAUUCCAUAG